GGGGAGUGGGGGGCGGAGGUGCGCCAUGAUUCGAUUGAAUUUUAUUACAUGUUUGUGUGUGUGUUUGUGUUAAGAAAUUUGUUAAUUAUAUGUUUAUGCUAAUUCUGGCUCAUUAUCCUAAAAGAGUAGUGAGUGUAGUGGAUCAAUGAUACUCAUGUCCUGGAUCGGCCUCUGUUUAGGCUCACUGUCUUGUCGGAGUGUACCCCUAUUGAUAUAUGGAGGAAUGCAAUUUAGACCAUAAACAUCUAUUAAGUAAUGCUUGAUCAAUUUGUUUAGAACACCUUAUGGCAUCUAUGAUUGGCAAGGGAAUAAUUAAUUCUAAACAAAAUUACAAAUAGGUCUGAGUUAGUUAGACAUUGCUACAUAUAUAAGUUUGACCUACAAGGAGUUUUGUGCCUAGGAUGUGGAGUUCUUUGUUUAUGAGGCGAUUUCUACUACUGUAUUGGACAAUUAUCGUUCCAUUUGGUUGAUAGUCAUUGUUCCGAAAAAAUCUUCUUGCGUAUUCAUCACAUAAGAAGAAGACUGCUAGUUGCUAGCACAAAGCUUCAUUAAGCAGUAGGUAACGUUUUAAGUACAUACUUUUGUGAUGACUAGCUGGAAGGUAUGAGGUAUCGGAUUUUUAAGUAUUCUUUUCGUGAAUGUGUUAUGUAGUCUAUAAUUGAAACUCGUUAGGUUGUCUGAAUGCAUGUGUCUAUUUUAAGGUUUUGGAAUAAUUCUUCUUACUUCUUUGGCCCACUAAAUCAUUGCAUCACUUGCACUCACUGAUUGUUUAUUCCCCAUGAGCUGUAGUUUAAUUGCACUUUAAGUAUUAAUAAAGCACAUAUAUCUUGCUGUUAUUAGAAAAGUUCCCUAUAAUAUAACAUGUGAUAGGCUGGCAGAUUUUAUUGCAGACUUUGACUUUGGUUGUUCUGCAUAGUGGUUGAAAAACAACACCUGGAUUCUAAGUUAGGCGUGGUUGCCUCUGCGAAUCCUCAUUAUAUCGCUCCGUUUGUACUUCCCUUGAGAGAGUGUAGUCCUCCUAAAUCUCCCACUUACCAAAGUUAAGAAGAAAAGAAAUCCAUGCAAACCGUGAGGUAAAACAUAUAUAUAACAAGCAUCUGCAAUGGGUUCUGGAUACUGGCUUAAAAAGGUAAUCAGUUUGAGAAAAGCAAAAGAUGGCAGAUCGAAAAGAUUAAAGGGAACUUCUAUUGGACGCAAGGAGGAUGAACACUCUCAGAAAGAGCCUUCAAGAAGAACAAAUGGUGCCUCUGUCAAAAAGCACAGAGAAAUGGGAAUUCCUUCUGAAGAUAACGCAGCCAUAAGGAUUCAGACAGCUUUCCGUGCAUAUAUGGCAAGGAAAACUUUGCGUCGCUUGAAACGGAUAUCAAGGUUACGUUCGAUGAUACAAGGCCCUUCUGUGAAAAAACAAGCUUCGACAACCUUGAGCGCUCUCCAUUCAUGGAACAGGAUACAAGCUGAGAUUAGAGCUUGUCGAGUUCGUAUGGUCAUAGAAGGACGUCUUAAGCAGAAGAAACUGGAGAAUCAGUUGAAGCUAGAGGCAAAGCUUCAUAACUUAGAGGUAGAGUGGAAUGGUGGCCCUGAAACAAUGGAAGUGGUUCUAUCAAGGAUACAUCAGAGAGAAGCAGCAGCAGUGAAGCGGGAAAGAACUAUGGCAUAUGCAUUUUCUCAUCAGUGGAGAGCCAAUUCCAACCCAAUGUUUGGAUCAAGUAUCCAUGAUUUAGGCAAAGCUAAUUGGGGCUGGAGCUGGAAAGAUCGCUGGAUCGCUGCUCGACCAUGGGAAAGCCGAAUCCCUGUUCAAUCAAGUCCAAAAAUUGCCAAUAGAACAGCAAGCAAGACUCCUAAAAGUUAUAAAACUCAAACAACAAAAACACCAGUUUCUGUUAAAUCAACUUCUGCCAAUCGGAAACGUGCUAUGAAGCCUCGAAAGCUAUCAUACGAAGCAGCUGAUAAACUAACUGCACUGAAAGGGAUAAACAAAGUUGAAACAAGCAUUGACAAACAGGAAGUGGCAUCUUAGAAGCUAUUGAAAGCAAGAUGACGCGUUUCUACAGUUCCGAUGAAGAUCAAAUGAUGCUGAAAAACUUGAAGUUGGAUAUGUUUCUGAAAAGUGAAGUGAAGUUUGCCAGUUUUUCGUUUAAAUUUCCGAGCUAUUCAAAGCUUAUGUAUAUGAAAGAAAAAAAAAAGUUUUUCAUUGGUUAUAAUGUGUAUAGAUAAAGUAUAUCUGUUUAUAGGUUCAUAUCUCAGAAUAUUCAAGCUUGAGUGUUCCUUUUUAGUGUGUUUGUUGCCAAUUUUUUUGCUCAGAACUUCUGUUUUUUGUACAAAAUGUAAAAGAUAUUGCAGAGUGUUUUUGGUUAUAGUAACAUCUUAUUGCUUGGUGAUA